UCACUGUUCUAACUGCCCAUCAGGCGGCGCCACUGUGCUCUGUAUUACUGCAUUAUUGUUUUUUUUUUAUCAAGUCGCAAGAAAUUACGCUAUCCCCCAAUAACCGCGUAUUCCGAGUGUUUAUGUUUCGUCCCCAAGUGCAUAUCGUAGUUGUAUAGUCUAAGUCGCUCCCGCACCCACGUCCUCCGACUGCCGAACACGCGUUUUCCGCCGCCCCCGCACUCUGUUCCCGUUUAUUUGUUUUCGACCCCUGGCCGCGUCUUCUUGGAUUUCCCCCAAAAAAGGUGCAGCCCCGAGACAGCAAGAGAAAAGUGAAACGCCAUCGGCGCAAUUAUCGAUUUGAACCCGUGCGGCCAUAGUCCUGCCUCCGGCUGCAAACUGAGGCCCCCGGGAUAAUGGAAGUCUCCUCCGAUCCGUACGAGCAGAAGCUGUACCAGAUGUUCCGCAGCUGCGAAUCGCAGUGCGGCCUGCUCGACGAGACCUCCCUCCUGAAGCUCUGCUCGCUGCUGGAGCUCCGGGAUCAGGGGGCCGCUCUCAUCGCCAGUCUGGGCAGCAGCCACCAGCUGGGCGUGUCCUUUGCCCAGUUCAAGGAGGCGCUGCUGAACUUUCUCGGCUCGGAGUUUGAUGGUGGUGCGACCCCCUCGGGGUUCAAGGGUAAGGAUUGCCAAUUGGAGCGUUCGCUGGUGAUCACGGAUGAGCCACUGACCACCACCUACAUCGAAAGUCCGCCCGAAUCGUCCGACCGUGAAGUGUCCCCCAAGCUGAUUGUGGGCACCAAGAAGUACGGACGCCGCUCCAGGCCGCAUCAGGGUGUCUAUGAGCUGUCCGUCACGGAUUCGGAUAACACGGAUGAGGACCAGCACCAGAAGCAGCGGAGUCUCAAUGGCAGUGAUGAGGUGGGAACACAGGUGCAACGCUCUUCCUCGCAGACCGAUCUUCCUGGCAGCCGGCGGCUUCGGACACUGCACACAAGUGGCAGCAAGCUGAAGCGCUGCGCCUCCCUGCCGGCACGGCGGAACCUUCAGUCCAAGAUGCACCACACGGCUACGGGAGCGGCGCCAUCGCCGACGGCCACCGCCAAGCUGAAACAGUUGUCGAUCCAGAGCCAGAACCAGCACAGCAGCAGCGUGGAGUCGCUGGACACCGUGACGCCGCAGCAGCUGGAGAUGGUCAGUGUGCACAGCAUCACCGAGGCCUGGGAGCUGGCCAGCAUCGUGAAUGGCCGCAACCUGCUCCAUGUCCUCGGCUUUGACGAGGAGGAGGAGGUCAACCUGCAGCUCCUGUCCAAGGCGCUGGAGGAGGAAAUAAGGGGGGUCGACCACGACCAGGAGCAGGCGAACUUGCUGCGAGCCUUGGCCGCCCUCCAGGCCACCGAGCUGGGCAACUACCGACUGGCCUAUCGCCAGCAGCACGAGGAGAACCUGAAGCUGAGGGCCGACAACAAGGCGGCGAACCAGCGGGUGGCUCUCCUGGCCGUGGAAGUGGACGAGCGACACGCCUCCUUGGAGGAGGGCUCCAAGCAGCAGAUCCAGCAGCUGGAACAGCGCCACGCCAGCAUGGUGAGGGAACUGACGCUGCGCAUGAGCAACGACCGAGACCAUUGGACCAGCAUGACGGCAAAGCUGGAGGCGCAGCUCAAGUCCCUCGAGCAGGAGGAGAUCCGCCUGAAGACGGAACUCGAACUGGUGCGCAAUGAGAACUCGGAGCUGGAAACGGAGCAGCAGAAGGCUCACGUCCAGCUCACCGAACUGCUCGAGCAGAAUAUUAAGCUCAACCAGGAACUGGCCAACCGUCCCAGCAGUGGCAGCCUCAGCCACGGCUCACUGAGUCCUCGGAAGCAGAGCAGCAACGAGGACAGGGAGGAGGAGAUGCUGCAGAUGAUGGAGAAGUUGGCCGCGCUCCAAAUGGAGAACGCCCAGCUGCGCGACAAGACUGACGAACUGACCAUCGAAAUAGAGAGCCUGAAUGUGGAGCUGACCCGCUCGAAGGGCAAGGGUAAGAAGCAGGAUAAGCCAGAGAAGCUGGAGGACCAAGAGGCGGCUGCCACGGCCACCAAAAGGCGCGGCGAUUCGCCGAGCAAGACCCAUCUCACGGAGGAGAGUCCGCGGAUGGGCAAGCAGCGCAAGUGCACCGAAGGCGAGCAGAGCGAUGCGAGCAACAGCGGCGAUUGGUUGGCUCUGAACUCCGAGCUGAAGCGAAGCCAGAGCCAGGACGAGGAGCUGACCAGCCUAAGGCAACGGGUGGCUGAUUUGGAAAAAGAACUGAAGGAAGCCAAGGAGGGAAGGUCCCUCAGUCCCGAGAGCCGGUCGAAAGACCUGGAAGCCAGCUUGGAGCAGAUGCAGCGAGCCUACGAGGACUGCGAGGACUACUGGCAGUCGAAGCUCAGCGACGAGCGCCAGAUGUUCGAGAAGGAGCGCCAGAUCUACGAGGACGAGCAGCAGGAGAGCGACAAGAAGUUCACCGAGCUGAUGGAGAAGGUGCGCGAGUACGAGGAGCAGUUCAGCAAGGAUGGCCGGCUCUCGCCCAUCGACGAGCGCGAUAUGCUGGAGCAGCAGUACGUGGAGCUGGAGGCUGAAGCCGCCCAGCUGCGCUCCAACUCCAUGCGAAUGCUCGAGGAGAAGGCGCAGGAGAUCGGCUCACUGCAAUCGGAAAUCGAGGAUCUGCGGCAGCGGUUGGGCGAGAGUGUGGAGAUUCUCACGGGCGCCUGUGAACUCACGCCAGAAGCCGUGGCUCAGAUGAGCGCCGAGGCGGGAAAAAGUCCGGCCAGCUCGCCCAUCAGCUACCUCUGGCUGCAGAGCACCAUCCAGGAGCCUGUGAAGUCCUUUGUGGCAGGCAGCGGCGAUGACCCGGAUGGCGCGGCCAGUGCCAUCAAUCUCCUGGGCGGCUCUCCAUCGCACAAGGCAACCAGCCGAAACAACCUCACCACCUCGGAGACCUCCAUCUUUAGCACCACCCCCUUCGACAGCUCACCCUCUGGCCCAUCUCCUACCAACAGUGGCACCACCAACGUCUCCUCUUCCGCUAAUCCUGGAUCAUCCGGUCCGGCUCCCAUCAGCAAACCCAAAAGGGCCCAGAGUCCACAGCAGGUGCAAUCGGAGGGCGAGAUCGCAGACUGCGAGACCUCGUCAACGGCCUCCAACAAGAGCUUCGACACCCACAGCGUGGUGUCCACCAGUAAAACUUCUUGCCUUAGCCACGAAAAGUGCAGCAGUCCCUCUGUCCUCAAGGAAGAGCUCAAGCGGCUCAAGUUCUUCGAGCUGUCCCUCAAGGAGCAGAUCAAGGACCUGAGCCUGCAACGCGACGGUUUGGUCAUGGAACUGCAGCAGUUGCAGGAGGCACGACCUGUCUUAGAGAAGGCCUAUGCGCGAACCACGCAUCCAACGCUUCAGCAGCGACUGAACCAACUGGAGCUGCGAAAUCGCCAUCUGCAGAAUGUCAUCAAGCAGCAGCAGCAGUACACCGAGUCCCUGAUGCAGCAAUCCUGGCGGCAGCAUCAAGUGGAUCUCAAUGAACUACACGGCCGAAUCGAAGCCCAGAGUGUUAUGCUGGCGGAGCAGACACAGCGCCUGCAGAGCGCCGAUAUCCUGGUGAAGGACCUGUACGUGGAGAACUCGCAUCUGACGGCCACGGUGCAGCGACUGGAACAGCAGCGGGCGAGGGUGAACCUGAUCCACCAGCAGCAGCAGGUGCAGCAGGUUCAACAGCAGCAACAACGCCUGGGCCUACCAGGCAUGCCUUAAUACAAAACUAACCAUAGAAACUAAAUGAUAACCUGAGGAGGGGUGCUCAGCAUCGUCAGACAUCGAAAAUCAACACACGCAACCGAUAUCGUUAUGAAUGUUAGACAUAUUUACAAAACACACACUCGGUAGUCUAAGCUUGUCUUCGUGAAUGAAUGUGAAUCAAUGUUGUUUGGCACGAGAGCACCACAUCGCAUCGCAUAACUAAAGUGACUUUGAAACUUAACUUUAACUUAAACCUUAACUCACCCACGCGCAAAGAUGAACAAUCCACACUAGUGUACCAAUUUGAAAGACACUGACUAGUAAUCGAUUAGCUGAUUCGAGCGAUGAAACUACUAUAUAUUUACACUAUCUAUCGUUCGUGCAUACUCGUUUGAACAUAUAUACGUAUGAGAAAGAGUCCCAAUAGGUGUAUCGUAUAUAUGUCGCAAUGCAAUGUUGACCUUACUACAAUAAUUCACCACUGAAAUAGUUAACGUAUAUUAAUUAUAUUAGAUCAAGACAGUAUUUUAAAUUUGUUAUGCGUCUGAGUAGGCGAGCACGUUUAUCAAUGUUUACCCACGUGCCCGGAAAUCAAAUGCAUCGGAAUUGUUGUUAAUUUUAUUGGUAGAAACAAAAAAAAAAUUAAGGAAAAAUUUGAAAAAAAAAAAAAACAAUUGAAACGAUCUAUGAUAUUGACAUAUAUUAUGUAACGACAAAAGACCUGUAAAGCUGUAAUCAUACACUCGUAUCUAUGUAUUUAUACUGCGAUUUAAGUUAGCCAAUACUCCUCAAUUGCUUUUGCAAACUCUACCUUUUUGUUAAACCUUUUUCCCGCCCGACUAACUUGCUCCCAAUUUAUACAAUUUAAUGAACAAAUCUAUUAGUUAUUUAACACUCGGUUCGCA